UUGUGGUGGUUUAAGGUGUAAUGGUGUGUUUUUCAAUAGUAUAGCAAUUUGAUAUUUAUAAAUUAUAUUUAUUUUGUUGAUGUAUCACAAUGAAAUAAUAUUGAAUUCAAGACUUCUUUGACAAAGGUUUGAAAACACAUUUUAUUAACAAUUAUUUCUGGAAAACAUUUCAAAUAAUCAUUACAUUUAUUAUGUAAUGUGGGCUUUGUUACAACCCAAAGAGAAAUGGUUAUUUACAUCCUGAAGCGACGCUAAACAGUAACCCAAAAGAAUAAACUCUAAUCCUGUUUAUGUUUUGAAAAGACAGUGAAACAGUAACCUGGAAAAAAAAUGAACUCUGAGACGAGAAGUAUCAGACGCUCUUUAUUGUAACACUGAACACAGGACACUCGUAUUGAGGAGGAAUACAGUGUGCUUGUGUGGACGACCGGGAGUUGGCUGCCGGAGGUCCAUCUCCACAGCCUGGAUAUAACUGGUGCUAUCUCUGUUUUCUCCUUGGUACGUCUGGGCUGUUGCAAUUGUAUUUCUGGUGCUCCUCUUGAAGGCGGAUUCCAUCCGUGCUUACCUGUAUUUACUGGUCUACCCCAACCAAGGGAACCGGUCUUGUGUUUACUGCUGUUAUUGAUUUACUCCCACAAAGGGAGUCUGUCUUGGUUCUACCUGUGGUACCGAACAACUCCAACAAAGGGAGCUGGUUUUAUACUUACCUGUGUUACAGGUCUACCCCAGCAGAUGGAGCCUGUCUGGGACUUACCUGUGUUACCAAUCGACUCCAACAGAGGGAGCUGGUUUGGACGUUACUGUGUUCCAGGUUUUCGAUAGCGCACCUACAACACUGUCAGCAAGAUUUUACUCCAUGAGCGUGCGUGACUGAACACCCCGAGCAUUGUGUGGGAGAAGCGAGGCAGAGAGAACACCAGGCGAGCAGCGGAGUACUGGAUGAGCUGGAGCGGACGGGUGGCGGACGCAGGGAGGCCAGCCAGGAGGGAGUUGCAGUAGUCUAGGUGGGAGAGUACCAGGGCCUGGACCAGGAGCUAGGUGGCACAGUUGAUUGAAAUGUCACAAAGCCAGUGUAAGCCACACCUACACCCGAGGAAACAUUUAAAGGGGGCUGUUACUAGAGAAAGACGCAUCAUUUUGAAACCCAAAACUAAAAAAGGAUUCCCAGCCUCAUUCCAGAUCGCCAUCAAACCAUGAACAUCUCCUCUUCUCCCUUCCCCUCCCUCACCUCUCGCCCUCCCUCCUCCUCCUCCUCCCUUGGCUCCUCUGAGAUAGUGGGCACUCUCUUCCUGGGCUUGGCGUUUGUUCUGGGUUUCCCAGGGAACCUGUUUGUGGUGUGGACGGUGCUGUGCCGUGUGGCUUGUCACUCAGUCACCUGCCUGCUGGUGUUGAAUCUGGCCGUGGCCGACACCCUGGUCCUGCUCAGCGCUCCCUUCUUCAUACGCUACUUGGUCGGGGGACGGGGAUGGGAGUUUGGCUCGUCCUUCUGCAAGCUGGUUCAUUACCUCUGCAGUGUCAACAUGUACGCCUCCAUCUUCCAGAUAACCGCCAUGAGCCUCGACCGCUUCCUGGCUGUGUCCCGCCCCUUCCUGUCUCAGCAGCUUCGCACCAAGAGGGCCCUGCUGAAGAUCCUGCUGCUCAUCUGGAGCCUGGCCUUGCUCUUUGCCAUCCCCAUGCCCUUCUACCGCAGAGUUUCCCUGAAAGGUGGGCUGGAAUACUGCAUACCAUUCCACAGUGAUCCAAAGCACAUGGUUUUCCAAUACCUGAUGGAGAUCUUAAGUUUCGUGGUUCCGUUUUCCAUUAUCCUCUUCUCAUCUCUCUACAUUUUCAGGAAAUUGAGAAACACCGUGUUUGAGAAUAAAAGCAAACAGAUAAUCCUUCCCGUUGUGAUCGCUUUCUCUGUCUUCUGGAUGCCCUACCACAUCGUGAACCUGAUCCAGGUUUCAGGAGCCUUAGCUGGGGAAAAAUCAAUGAACAACUCUCUCCUUGGAGCUGCCGAAACUGCCAGGCCCUACGUGACGGCUUUUGCUUUCUUCAGCAGCAGCGUCAACCCAGUUCUCUACGCCUUCAUUGGGAGGUCCUACAUCCGCUCGGACGGCAUCAAUUUCAUAGCUAUCAUGCUGGAACAAACUAAUUCUGAAUUGCAGGGCUCAAGGUUAUAACCAACCAAGUGGAGAAAGACUGAAGGGCUCACACAGUCUUCAGAAAUUCAGCAGAGACACAAACACUUAAAGGAACCUUAUGUAUAGAUUGUAUGGGUGGAGCAUGUGAUGGUUGAAUGUGCUAAAUGCGAGAAGCUUUGUGGAAGGAUAUUUGGGCUCAGAUAGAGUCGCACAGUGGCGUGGUGGUUAACACUGCUGCCUUACAGCUCCAGAGUCCUGGGUUCAAGUCCGACCUUCAGGGGUCUAUCUGUGUGGAAUUUGCAUGUUCCCCCUAUGUUCACGUGGGUUUUCUCCAGGUACUCCAGUUUCCUCUCAAAGUCCAAAAUGAUGCUGUUCAGGUUGAUUGGUCUCUCUAAAUUGCCCUCUGUAUGUGUGUGUGGUGCCCUGCAAUGGACUGGAGUCCCGUCCAGGGUGUAGUCCCGCCUUGCACCCUGUGUCUGCCGGAUUAGGCUCUGGCUCACCGUGACCUUCUAAGUGAUUUAAGCGGUUAUUGAUAAUGGAUAUAUGGUCUGUGCUUUUGUUUUAAAUGUACUUCAAUGCUUUAAAUUUGUUUUUCACUUCAGUUCAUUUAUUUUAUUUUUCACUUUAGAGAAUACAGCAUACCUUGCAUAAAGAUGGUUCUGUGGAAAUACAACCACAAAGUACAGAAUAAAAUGACACUGGAGAUUACGGUGAAUAAGAAAGGGGGUGGAGUUUGCUUGGGCUGACAUUAAGAAAUGGAGAGCAGUUGUAAAAAUAUGCAAGUUGAAGUUGAAUACGCAUCUAAAAACUAAUUUCUCAAAACCUCCAAAAGUUAAGAAAAUAAAAAUAAUAUUGGGAAGGAUAAGAAUAUUGUCACUGUUUAGUUUGAAGUCUGUUUAAAUUAAGGGUUACCUUUACUGAGCCCAUUUAAAACAUUAUUAUUCAAUUAUAAAUCAAUUUAGCCACAUCAUAAAAUUAUUAGUAUUGAAACACAUCUUUCCAACACCAACUGAAUCAAUGGAAACUGUGAAGAUAAAACUCUAUCCAUCCAUUAUCAAUAACCACUCAUUCCUUUUAGAGGAGUCAAUCAUCCAUCCAUCCAUUAUCAAUUGUAGGUAAUUUCUGUACCUCAUAAUACAAGUAUAAUCUUAAGAGUUUAGAAACAAAUGUUUCUUUGCAUGGCAAUGUAGUGGGUGUUUAGGUAGGGCUAUGUUUUUUUGCAUGCAUUAAAAUCGCUGUUUUCAUAUGUAUAAUUAAGAGGCCAAUGGCAUGGCAGGCUUGUGUGUUUUUUUCUUUGCUUCUCUUACAGUCAUUCAGGUGCUGAUGUUAUGGAUUUCUGCAGUGUUGUCCUGUCUCUAACCCAGCCUUGCAAUCUGCUUUCAUGCUGCCUGACUGUGCUUGAUUACCUGUCACCUCGGCAACCGCUGAUGCUGUUCUGCUAUUGGCAGAAUUUCAGGAAGCCUGUACUCACCCGUGGCAUUUAAAAAUGGGGAAGGAAACUAGCAGAGAGGAGGGGAACACAUUGUGAAAGCAUUGAGCAGAGAGGUGAGAGCAGAGAGCAGAGAGCAGGGAGGUGAGAGCUGAGAGCGAGCAUCUUAUUUGUUUUUGUUUUUCCUUUUUAUCUUUUUCGUGCUGAAAGAAAGCUAUUUUAAGUAAGCCAGCACCCAGCUGAGUAGCGUCCUGUGAGCUGCAGCACCACAUUUGAAUCGCAUUUAAAUCAAGGGAAGUAAUGUUAAAACUUUACAAUUCAUUGGUAAGACCUCACCUAGAAUAUUGUGUUCAGUUCUGGUCACCUCAUUACAAAAAGGAUAUUGCUGCUCUAGAAAGAGUGCAAAGAAGAGCAACUAGAAUUAUCCCGGGUUUAAAAGGCAUGUCGUAUGCAGACAGGCUAAAAGAAUUGAAUCCAUUCAGUCUUGAACAAAGAAGACUACGCGGCGAUCUGAUUCAAACAUUCAGAAUCCUAAAAGGUAUAGACAAUGUCGACCCAGGGGACCUGAAAAAAGAAACAAGGACCAGGGGUCACAAAUGGAGAUUAGAUAAAGGGGCAUUCAGAACAGGAAAUAGGAGGCACUUUUUUACACAGAGAAUUGUGAGGGUCUGGAACCUGCUCCCCAGUAAUGUUGUUGAAGCUGACACCCUGGGAUCCUUCAAGAAGCUGCCUGAUGAGAUUCUGGGAUCAAUAAGCUACUAACAACCAAACGAGCAAGAUGGGCUGAAUGGCCUGUUCUCGUUUGUAAACUUUCUUAUGAGUUUUUGCUGCUUGGUUCCCGGUAGUGGUAAGUCUUGUCUUGCGAGGCGAGGGUUGAAUGUUUUGUUUAUUUGUUAUAUAGUACCGCUCGCUCUCCGCUCUGCGCAGCGCUUACGGUUUGCUUUUGAAUUGUUUUAGUCUGUAUGGUAGAUGGUUUAUAAGGUACCAUCCCCCUUGGUAUAUUAAUAUGUAUCUAUGCUACUGCCUUUUUGUAUUUUAAACUCAUAGAUUUAGAUAUUGUGAAGCUGUAUUGAUAUUGUGGAUAUUGUGCAAUAGAUUUAUAACGGGUAUUAAACUUCCAAAAAGAUAAUUGCUGUUUCUAAAUUAGUGGGUUUUUCUUAAUCUAUUUAAGAAUAAAGGUUACCUGCAAAACUGAUAUACACCACUGAUAUUGAUAUUCUAUACUCUAUACUAGCUACUUGUAAAGGAUUGGGAAAACAUGAGUGGUAGUUUGCACUUUUGGAUUUUAUCUUUUUGAUUGGAAUACUACUUGGGAUUUGUGUAAUAUUGUUGUAUUUGAUUUCACUUGGGAUUUGUGUAAUAUUGUUGUAUUUGAUUUCACUUGGGAUUUGUAUAAUAUUAUUGUAUUGAGUUUCACCUUUUGUUUUGUUGUGGAUUCGGUUUUGUAGUUGCUGCUUGAAGAUUUCUCCUCUCCUCUACAAAGUAAUGAAGGUUGUACUGAAUACUGCUAAUGUAAUAUUGUCUUGACACGCAGAUUGAGUUAAGACUGAAUAUUUGUAAAUCCAUUAAGAGCUCUGUUAAGUGGUUGAAUCUUGAGUGUUUGAUAGCAUUGCUGUGUCUGCAAAUAGUAAAUUUAUUCUAACUCUAGUAACCCAUUUUUUAUAAAUUUAUUGCGCAAUUUUGCACAAUAAUAUUCCUGUGUUUUUACCAGUUGCGAUUUUAAAAAUAAAACUAUUAUUUAACUUCAGUUGUGUCUCUGCCUCCUUGCAUGGUGCACCAUACUGUUGCUUACCCAAUUAAAGAACCUCAGUAUUUUGAAUUCUAAAGUGAACUUUAAGGUUUACAAGAGGACCUUGCCCUCUUUAAACACAAGGUGGCGUAGUCGGUUUUUGGUCAUAGGACCGUUCGAACAAUUUAACCCCUUUAAGCCGUGUAGUAACCCGCUACAGGCAAUGUCCUUCUUUAUUUCACAGCAUUAAGUGUUGGUUACAUGGCUUCAUCUAGAUAGACAAAGGUUCUCCCUCGGAGCAAAACGAUGGUAAUUUCAAUAGAGAGACAAAGAACUGAAUACAUGUCCAAUAUAUACCAAGUAUCACCCCACUUCAUUACACAUCUCUUUCUUCCCACAUCCAGUCCAUAUAAGGACAUAUAUUCAGCUUAAUCCCAAAGGUCUAUGCCUUAACACCUUCCACCUGCAGAAUAUUACAGGAUGUUGUGUAGACCUUUGUGAAAGGUCCAUACUACUAAGAUAACAUACCAAAAUGAAGGACAUUCAUUUUAUAUUCACUGUUACAUUUCCAUUCCUGGUCUUCCAGGGUAACAAGAUCUGACUGGAAUACAUUUAUUUGAUAAUCAAUGUUUCAUUGCCUAUAUUUAUAUUUAUUUAUUGCUUACAUCAUUAUCUGCUCAGUUCUUUUAAAGGGUCGCGGUGAGCCGGAGCCUAACCCGGCAGAAACAGGGCAAUGCAAGGCAGGACUACACCCUGGACGGGACGCCAGUCCAUCACAGGGUACCACACACACACUCACAUUCACACACACACUCACACAGAGGGCAAUUUAGAAUGACCAAUCAACCUGAACAGUAUGAAGAUAAAACAGCACCAUUAAACUUUAGAUUUAGAUUUCAAAGAAAAGUUGAAAAGUCCAUCUUUCAGUUUCUGGUAAGGGUGUUAUAGAUCUAUGGAGGUUUAAAACGUUUUUAAAAAUAUAUAUGAAAAAUCAGUUUUAUUGUCAUUCAUUAGUAUUUUAUGUAUUUUAGUAUGUGAUUUCAAGUUUGAAAUAUUUGUGUUGCUUUUGUAUGGAUUUUUUUUUUUUGCAUUUAAGGUGGUUAUUUAAAAAUGCUGUAUUUUUUUGGUGUUAUGUUUAAGAAUUAUAAUUAUUAUUUUAUUUCUUAGCAGACGCCUUUAUCCAGGGCAACUUACA